CGUUGAGGUUUAUUUGACUCAUCCCGGCCUAGACGCCGCCAAGUCCAAAAACUGCUCAUCAGCUGCACACAACCAACUCCUCUCCCCUGCCGCUUUCUAUCUUUCUUCUUUACAACGUCGCUGGGCUGAAAGUUGAAAUCCCAGACAGCGAAGUGCGUAAAGAAUUCAGAAUUUUACUCACUCCCCGGCGUUCUACUUCAAUACCUUCUUCCGCUUGCCCUGCACUUUUAUUAUUUAUCUUUUCUUUUGAACUCCAUAGACUGUAAAAUAUGGAGAACCUUAAUCUAACCCUAACAUCUUCUCCAAAACACGCGUUGCUGGGCCAGUUUCCUGCACGAAACUCCAUUAAAGACGUCUUUAGAAGAAAGCCUUUUUCAUUCGGAACCGCAAUAAGUCCUUAUUCUAGACGUUCCGUGUCUGCUCUCUCCCGUUCUCAUGUUCAUCGGGCUGCCGCUAAACCCAACCUGCUAACAGUGCAGGAGACGUUGAUAGUGGAGCAUUUCGCUAGCAUUUCCUCAUCAAAUAGUCAAGAAACAUCAUCUAUUGGAGUUAACUCACAGUAUUCAGUACCACCUCCGUCCUCAACUAUAGGGUCGCCACUGUUCUGGAUCGGUGUUGGUGUUGGGCUAUCCGCACUUUUCUCAUGGGUAUCUACGAGGGUAAAGAAUUAUGCAAUGCAACAAGCUUUCAAGACCAUGAUGAGCCAGAUGAAUUCACAGAGUAACCAGUUUAACAGUCCUCCCUUUUCUCCUGGAUCUUAUCCAUUCCCUGUGCCUUCGGCAGCAGGCCCCGCUGCGCCUGCUGCUUCUCCUCAAUCUCAAACAUCUACAGCAUCAAGCGCACCGCAAUCUGCUGUCACUGUAGAUAUACCUGCAACAAAAGUAGAGGCAGCUUCGGCCACCAAUGUCCAGGAUGAAACACAAUCAAAGAAAGAACCCAAAAAAAUUGCUUUUGUAGAUGUUUCUCCUGAAGAAACUCAACCGAAAAAUCCAUUUGAAAGCUUCAAAGAUGUUAGUGAACCAAGUACCACCAAGGAAACUCGGGUUCCUGAUGAAGUUUCUCAAAAUGGAGCAGCACCACCUAACCAGGGUUUUGGUGGGUCACCUGGUUAUCAAUCUUCAGGAAAAUCAGUCUUAUCAGUCGAAGCCUUGGAGAAAAUGAUGGAAGACCCAACAGUGCAGAAGAUGGUUUAUCCCUAUUUACCUGAGGAGAUGAGGAAUCCUACUACCUUUAAAUGGAUGCUGCAGAAUCCGCAGUACCGUCAACAACUCGAAGAAAUGCUCAACAAUAUGAGUGGGAGUGGUGAAUGGGACGGCCGAAUGAUGGACACCUUGAAAAAUUUUGACCUGAACAGUCCUGAGGUUAAGCAGCAAUUUGAUCAAAUUGGGCUUACUCCUGAAGAGGUCAUUUCAAAGAUAAUGGCCAAUCCUGAUGUUGCAAUGGCGUUUCAAAAUCCUAGAGUUCAGGCAGCCAUCAUGGAUUGUUCACAGAACCCGCUGAAUAUUACUAAAUAUCAAAAUGACAAGGAGGUUAUGGACGUCUUCAAUAAAAUAUCAGAACUCUUUCCUGGAGCGACUGGAUCACCUUAAUUCAUCUGCUUGCUGCUGUGGAUGCUGGGCUGAAGUUAUUGUUGCCUUUAGAGAUGAGCAAGGGACUGCAAGACUAUGUUGAUGGCUCUGCAGUGGCUUGCUGUUUUUGAUAUGUCGGGAUAAAUAAUUCUAGUUGGCUGGGGAUAAGUUAUCUCAAUAGAUGUUUUUUUUUUUGGGUGAAAUUGUUGAAAUUGUGUAUUCAUGUUUUGGAUAUCAGUGUGGAUUUUGCUCGCUGUGAUUAGUUCUGGGAUGUAGCUAUCAAUAACAACGCUUCAACAAUCAGAAAAUAAAUAAAUGCCUUCCUUUUCUCUC